AGAGAGAGAGAGAGAGAGCAAAAACGAACUCCCCACACUUUCCUUUCCUCCAAUUUUCAAUUGAAAAUGGAGUAAAAACAUACAAAUCUCCUGAUUUGGGAAGUAGGUCUUAUCAAUCUUCUCUUCAUUUUCAUUGAAUCAUCUGCAUUUCCUAUCACACGAAUUUCUUGGGGUCUUACCAGAGGUAGAAGUUGCAGUGGUUGUAGUGGUAAGGUCUUCCGUCGGGUGGAAUUUUUGGGGUCUGUGUCCGAUUCAAGAUGGGGUCUGCCAGAUGCAUGGUCUCGAUCACACAAAGGGAUGGGCCACAUGUACAUUUUGUUGACCAUUGGAUAUUUCUCUCUCCUCCAUGCCAUUUGGAAACAAAGAUUGAUUUUCUGGUGAUGGAAAAAUGGUUGUGAUUUAGAGAGGUAACGAGCUAAUCGAGUUGGGCACAUAAUGAGUACGAUCGGCAACGAAGAUUGGGAUGACAACUACUCAGUCAUUGGGGACAAGCCUGAAGUUGGUUUCUUGGAUUUUGAGGAGGAAAGAUCAGGUCAUGAUUUUGAACCGAUCGAUGAAGGGCCUGUCACCAUCUCAACCCCAUUCCCAUUUGUCGAAGGGAAACCUCAGUCUGCUCUCGUUGGAGAGACGACUGUAGAUUCUGUUACUGUUAGAAACACUACAAGUGAGCCGAUCGACCUCUGGGGAGUCAAGAUUUUCUCCUCGAAUCCCGAAGGAAUGUAUACGCUUUCAGUGUUGGAACCUCCAACGGCCACAUCUGAUGUGGAGACGAUCCAGGAGUUCCUCGAGUCAUCGUCUCUAGAAGAUAGGGUGCUUCAACCGGGCCAGACUAUUAAAAUUUGGCUGUCGUGCAAACCGAAAGACAUCGGCCUGCAUACUGCCAUUGUGCAUUUUGAUGCGGGAGAUGAUAAGAUUGAGAAGGUCGUCUUCCUCUUAGCGGAAGAUAAGGUUUCCCAGUCGCUAGCUUCGACCAAGCCGUUUUCAAGAGUGCCAAGGAGGAAACAGUUCGUGUGCCAAGAGUAUGUGGUGGGUUCCCGUCCUCCUAAGAAAGCAGCUCAAGGCUUCAAAUAUAAUCUUCCCAAUUUCCCAAUACCAAAGGAUGUCAGGGCAAUGAUCGAGAAUAAGAAAGUCCCCAAAGUUCUCAUUGAAGGAUUAAAUAGCAGCAAUUAUGCAGAUUUCUUUUGUAAUUUGGUCAUCAUGGAAGAAAUCCAUUUGGAGGAGGAAAUGAGAGCACAUGACAUGGAGAAUGUCACCAUGAAGAGAAGCAGGCAGUUCUUAGCCCUUGAGGUUCCCGGAUUGGCCGAGAAGCGGCCUUCACUUGUUUGCGGAGAUUUCAUUUUUUCCAAGCCCGUCGAUGAUGAUUUCGACAGCAGUAGUAAGCCAUAUCAGGGGUACAUCCACCGAGUUGAGGCAGAUCAAGUGUUCCUGAAGUUUGCAGAUGAAUUUCACCAUCUUCAUCGUGACACGAAUCUUUACAAUGUUAGAUUUACAUAUAAUAGGGUGAACAUGAAAAGGCUAUACCAAGCUGUUCAAGCAGCAGCAGCAGGUUUAGGGAUGGAAAUCCUCUUUCCAUCUCACUACAAAAAAAGGUCAAUUCAAACAUCCCCUAUCGUGCCCUUGAACCGAAAUCUCAACGAGGAGCAGAUGUCCUCUGUUGAAAUGAUCAUUGGCUGCAAAGGUGCUCCCCCGUAUGUAAUCCAUGGGCCUCCAGGUACCGGUAAGACGAUGACUCUGGUGGAAGCGAUUCUACAACUCUAUACUACUAGAAAGAAAUCACGGAUUCUCGUCUGUGCAGCUUCAAAUAGUGCUGCAGACCAUGUGUUGGAGAAGCUGAUUGAUAAGGAGAUCGCUGAGGUUCAAGACAACGAAGUAUUCAGGCUAAAUGCAACCAGCCGCUCGUAUGAGGACAUCCAGUCAGAUAUAAUUCAUCAUUGCUACUUCGACGACAUGGUUUUUAAAUGUCCUCCACUCAAUGCCUUGUUGCGGUAUCGGAUCAUCAUAUCCACAUAUAUGAGUGCAUCGCUCCUCUAUGCAGAAGGCAUUACCAGGGGCCACUUCUCCCAUAUUUUCUUGGAUGAGGCUGGCCAAGCCUCAGAGCCUGAGACGAUGAUACCCCUUGCCAACCUUUGUCGAAGAGAGACCGUUGUUGUGCUUGCUGGAGACCCAAUGCAACUGGGUCCUGUUAUUUACUCGAAAGAUGCUGAACAAUACGGGCUGGGAAAAUCAUACUUGGAGAGGCUUUUUGAGUGCGAUCUUUAUGGCGGCGAGGACGAGAACUAUGUGACAAAGCUUGUGAGAAAUUAUCGUUGCCACCCUGCAAUCUUGGAGCUCCCUUCGAAACUUUUUUACAAGGGAGAACUGAUAGCUUGUAAAGAAGAGAGGGAUUCUUCCUUAUGCGAGUGGGAUGACCUUCCGAACAAAGAUUUUCCCGUACUUUUCAUGGGCAUUCAAGGCUGUGAUGAGAGGGAGGGUAGUAAUCCAUCAUGGUUUAAUCGGUUUGAGGUUAGCAAAGUGGUCACUAUCAUCACAAAACUGAGAGAGAAUAUGGAUGUGAGUGAGAAAGAUAUUGGAGUGAUAACUCCUUAUCGUCAGCAAGUGGUUAAGCUAAAGAAAGCCCUUGAAUCGCUCGGUAUGGAGGAUGUGAAGGUCGGGAGUGUUGAGCAAUUCCAGGGGCAGGAGAGACAGGUCAUCAUUAUAUCGACUGUAAGGUCGACUGUCAAACAUAACGAGUUUGACAGAGUUCACCAUCUGGGAUUUCUUAGCAAUCCGAGGAGAUUUAACGUGGCUACCACCCGAGCUAGAUCCUUGCUUAUCAUAGUUGGAAACCCGCAUAUUAUCACCAAGGAUCUGUAUUGGGAUAAGCUCUUACGUCAUUGUUCAGACAAUGACUCUUAUCUGGGAUGUCCACUCCCUCCACCAGAAAACCGCGAUGAUCCGGACACAGGCUUGGGCUAUGAGGGUGAUUUCAAUGGACAAGAUAAUACCAACCCUUCAUUCUCUAGUGAAGUAGAAUGGGGCGAUGGAUCCUGCAAUGCUGAAGACAUUCCCAAACCCAUUACGGAUGAAGCUGAAUGGUCCGAUGGUUGGUCCUAAUUUAUUCUGAUUCGACAUUGCUGAGUGAAUGUUUACAGGCAUGUUUUUGGACCUUAUCAUUUUCUUGUUUAGGCUACAACGGUUUUCGUAAACAUCACAAAAGUGAAGAAUGGUUACACAUGAAAAUUGUGGGUCAAGAAAAGAAAAAAGAAAAAGAACGACUGGUUGAUUUUUGCAAAACUGA